ACUGGGUCAUGAUCUCGCGCAGCUCAGAAAUCCCAACAAGCAUUGGCACCAAGCCCCGUAGACAAGUGUGUAUGUGCGUAGCCUAGUAGAGAACAUGAAGUUUCGAGAACGCACAACGCUAUCAUGAAUUGCCCUCCGACCAGUCUUCUCCUGCAGUUCGCCUUCUGACAAGAGGACAAUUAACGUCAUGGGAGAUAGAACUGUGGGAUAUGUGAUUCUGGUAACUUAGGGGGGCCGAGCCGACAUCGAGCUAAUAAUGUGUGUGCUUAUAAAGGGCAAGGUACCACCUUAUUAGUCUAGCACUGGACCCGAUAAUCGGCCACUGCACUGCAAGCAUGAGUUGCAGUGAGGUCACCCGUGGACCUCACUGGGCUGAGCUGAGGUUGCCCCUCCAUGUCCAUGCAAUGUUGAGCUACUUUUCUGGCACCAUUCUUCCAAACCUUUCCAAGCGGUCCUAUUUCACGCAACCUCACUCUGAUAUCGCACUUUACAUCUCUCUUUCACUCAAAAGAUACCAUCACACACACUCGCCCAUCAUGGCUCGCACUUUCUUCGUCGGCGGCAACUUCAAGAUGAACGGGUCCAACUCGUCCAUCAAGGAGAUUGUCAACAACCUCAACAACGCCUCCCUUGACCCCAACACCGAGGUCGUCGUCUCCCCUCCCUCCAUCUUCCUUCAGACUGUUCGCGAGAGCUUGAACAAGAAGAUUGGCGUCGCCGCCCAGAACGUCUUCUACAAGCCCAACGGCGCCUACACUGGCGAGAUCUCGGUCGAGCAGCUCAAGGACAGCAACAUUGACUGGGCUAUCCUCGGUCACUCUGAGCGCCGCACCAUCCUCAAGGAGUCCGACGAGACCGUCUCCCUCAAGACCAAGGUUGCCACCGAGGCCGGCGUCAGCGUCAUCUGGUGCUGCGGCGAGAGCCUCGAGGAGCGCGAAGCUGGCACCACCAUUGAGGUCGUCAGCAAGCAGCUCGCGUCUCUCAAGAGCCACAUCUCGGACUGGAGCCGCAUCGUCAUUGCCUACGAGCCCAUCUGGGCCAUUGGCACCGGCAAGGUUGCCACCACCUCCCAGGCCCAGGAGGUGCACAAGGCUAUCCGCGACUGGCUGGCCAAGAACGUCAGCGACAAGGUCGCCGAGGAGACUCGCAUCCUGUACGGCGGCAGCGUCAACGAGAAGAACUGCGGCGAGCUCGCGCAGCAGCCUGACAUUGACGGUUUCCUCGUCGGCGGUGCCUCGCUCAAGCCUGCUUUCGUCGACAUUGUCAACGCCAAGCAGCAGAAGUAAAUCUGUUCCCAUCCUCAUGAAGAACCCCCCCAUGUAGAUCCGAACGGAAACCUUUGAAUAAACGCAAAAUUUGAC